AUGGAAAACCUCGUCAACCAGCCCGCUUGCGACCGCGAUCAUCUACGGUAUCUUGCCGAGCAGUACUCGGACGCUUACCUGAAGGAACCUUCCAUGGCAAACUUCGACGAGCUCAACGCCUCGCUCGUUGCCAAUUUGGCAUUCAACAAGUACACUCCUGGCGACCCGGAUGUCAUCCCGGACCUAGAAAAGGCGCUUGACGAUUACACUGCCGCUGUGCACGACCAAAAUCCCAGCCGAGUGCUCCAGAACUUGUUCGGUCUGUACGGCUACAUGGCCACGCGCGGCGUCGAGGAAGGGCGCGGCUAUCGGGAUGUCCAAGAUCUCAGGCGUAAGGUACGCUUCAAGUGA